AAGAGUUCCAUGGCAGCGACAAUAAAGAAAGUGAUAGACAGAGCAUAUCUGUACCUACAUUGUAGUCCUAGUGGCGACAUGAACCCGUAGUACCGGUUGAAGAUAUAAUUUCUACACCCUGAAACAAUGCUGACUUAAUACCUUAGGACGACCACUAGUACUCAUUGUAAAAAAAAAAAGAAAACGCAUAGAUAUACAACACCCUGAAUCUUCUAUUACUUCCCUUAGGACGACUAUUUUCCUAUCGUGAAAGAAACGCAAGCGGAUCUAUGUAUGUUCAAGGUCACAACUACUUGAUUUUCAUUUUUCUACGACAAGUCCGAGGAUAUUAAGCGUAAGAACCCAGAAGUAGACACGCACCCUGAUCGGUUUCCAAACAGGUCGUGUAUCGUACGAAUUUCCAAAAUUGGCGGACAUUCGCUGCACUAGUCUGAAAAAAAUAUCAGCAAAAUCAAGAUGGCUGAAACGCAGCAAAACAGGACGAACACCUACACCUACUCCACAAUGCAGCUGCGUAUUUCCUACGGCGUCUCCGACAACAUGGUUUUCCACGUACCGGUCGGCGCUCCGGAUGUUGUGAAAGACACUUUGAUCCUUCUAUGCCCUGCAGAACUAUCGCACUCGUACUACUUAAUCGCAGUCAUGCAUUACAAAAUUCUUUCUCAUGUCAAAUCCGCAUUACAAAUUUCAUUUCUCAUGCCAAGAAAAUUUGUAAUGCGAUUUAUCCUAGUGCGAUUAGCAUUAGGAUGCUUUAUUUGCAGUUCAUAGCUUCAAUUGCGUGACAGUAUCCCGUUUUUCCCCGGCGGUGGCGGCACGAAACGGCUUCCCGAAAUCUUUAUCGAAUGCAAAAGUGUCUGGGUCUGGAAGGUUGGAACUUGUGAUGCUAACUUCGGGCUCUAAAAAAAUCUGUAUUGCAUGACCAGCAAGAGGAGUUCAGUUUGUGCUACGCGGGGACGGCGUUUGUCAUGCGGAGUAGGCAUCAGGAAGGGGUCUAAAAAUCUGUGAUUGUAGGGCAUGCAUCACAAACAAUCCUGGGUGGUCAUGCAAAACAUGCAUGACAAGUCUCAGAACCUUCCAGACCCAGACACUUUUGCAUUUGAUAAUCUUUGGGCACCAGCUGCGGGGGCCUUUGGCGAGGAACAACCAGGGCGCAAACAAGUUUCCACGACCACGUCAGGACUUCCCUUGGUCGGCGCAGCUGCUGAAAAUUUUUCACGACGCCUGCGUCUUGAUAGUCGAUGCGGAAUUAUCACGAGAAAAAAGUAUUACAGUUACACAUUUGUUGGAGUUUCUGCAUCGCAAAUUUUCUCUGUGUGGCAGAGAAAACUUGUAAUGCGGAGAUCAUAAGGGAAAACACAACAGGAAGGAAACGAGGCUCCCAAGCAUUUCCUGCAUGACGAAGGUUGUCUCUGUUGCCGGUCUUGCAUCACAAUGUGUAACUGUAACACUUUUUUCUUGUGAUAGGAAUCGGGAGAUGAGUAUUGCGUGGUGUACGCAAAAUUGCAGCACGACGAGGAAUAUCAAAUGCAAAAGUAUCGUACUCGUCCAAAUGCAAGUCUUGCAUUGCAAUUUUUUUUCUUAAGGUAAAUCGGCACUACAAAUUUUCUUUCUCAUGCUGAGGGAAUCUGUCAUGCAUUUCUACGAGUGCGAUAAUUUUGCAAUGCAUAAGGAGCGACCUCUACUACAGGAGGCGAGGACCACGCAGGACGUAGGCCGGCGCACUGGUCGUGAGAGGACUUCUGCCAGUUCCUCAAAUAAACGGAGGACAAAUAAUAACAAGCGGAAACGAUCCACCUCUCGCAGCAGAAGGUUCUCGUCACGCAGGGAUGGAGGUGAAAAAAAGCGUAAAGAAGCUGUACCUAGUACGUCAGCUGCAGACCGGACGGGUGCGGGCGGACAAGGGGACGGGACCAGGAAUGCAAGGACUGCAGCUACCGAAGUCGCUGCUGUAGGUGGUGGAGCGGAACAAGCAGCGCACGACGAGGUUCUGCUUCUGGAAGUAUGGAUUGCAAAAGUAAUAUCGUGGUUGUACAACUCGUUGUACCAAUCGCAAAAAUCGCUGUCAUGCAUCAUCGAUCUAGGUCUUGAAUACAACCCGAGUCUGCAUUUUAUCUUCUUGACAAAAUCGAUUGUCAUGCAAUAGCAAUUUUUACUAGUUGGUACAACUAGAAUUCGAUAUUAGUAGUUUUGCAAUAUGCAUAGCAAGAGGCACUCUGCAAGAAAAAUUGGAUGGUUGUGAUACGGCCAUUCUAUUUUCGGGAGGAGUGGGUAACUCUGCCCCCCGAAUUCAGCCCCCCACUUAAUGUGCUUUGCACAGAUGACAAAGGAAAAGUGCACUCGCUGUACACCCGAGGAGGUGAGUACGUUUUUUUAUCCUGUGCAAAAGUAUUAUACUCUUUUGUAGUCCUCGCAGUCAUGCACUACAAAUCUCUUUUGCUUUCCCAAGGCAAAUCAGCAUGACAAAUUCCAUUUGUAAUGCUGAAUUUGUAUUGCAAGAAUUACUACUAGUACGAUACUUUUGCACUUGAUAUUUUUCGGCGGCUUACGAGUUGGAAAGGUUCCGCAAGUACUAUCAUGCCACCUGCUUAUGGGACUACGGGAUAUCCUGUGCAGAAGUAUAAAUUACAGCUUGGAUGGCCGUUAGAAAUUAGGCAGGUUAUUUUGCGGAGAUUUUACACUGUUGCUAGAAUUUCGCCGGCGUUGGGGGGAAAAAAUACGAACCAGCUUUCGGGCUCAGAAUUUUGAUUGCAAUGUGGGUCCUUCUUGUGACCCCUUCUGGUGGCCUCUUCUUAGUUGCGUCUUCCCCUGCUAGCAGUGUGGGUCCUUCUUGUGUCCGAAGGCAGAGACGAGAGUCUCUGCAUUCGGCCACAACGGACGCGACGAAUUGACUUUCUGGCUUCAUAGAUUUUUGCGGAAAAUUUGCUUGGUUAUUUUAUGAAAAGCUGCUUUUUUGCGCGCCGGUUAUUUUAUGAAAAUGUGGACUGUGCCGCCGUGAUUAGAUUUUUGUGCGGGUGUUCGUUCGUAAAAUAACCAGCCGCAGUCUUGUAAAAUAACCCGUAAAAUAACCAAACGCGCAGUCAGUCCCAUUUUCGCCCUUCUGUAACAGCGUAAUCGCGAUGGUAGCGCGCGACAGAAAAACCGACAAUAUGGGGCGUUUUCAACUCUAGUCCGAUGGUGUGCGUGAUUUCCUGUCUAGUUUGCGCGUGCAGGCCCCAAAAGAUUAGCAACGCAGGUAGCUUGUCGCGGUCACUAGUCAAGGCAUGAGCAGGAUGGUUGGAAAGGGAGGCGCUGAUGGUUGACGAUGUAAAAUCUCCGUAAAAUAACCAUUGUGAAUUCUGAUCGAUGUCCAAGCUCUAAAGUAUAAAUACUCGUACUAAUUGCGACGUUUAUGCAUCACAAAUCUCUUUUUCAAGGUGAAUCGGCAUUACAAAUUUAAAUUUGUAAUGCUGAGCUAAUCUGUUAUGCAAUUUAUAGUAGUAGCUUUUGCAUUGCAUAGUAGAUUUUUAUAAGUACGACGCUUUUGCAUUGCAUACGGGAACAAAGGAAACACGAAUCAAAAAAUCAAGCAGCUCUUCGAAACCAGGAUGAACGCCGAGGAUCAGCGAAAUCUUCGCAAAUAUAUAUGCGAUGCAAAAGUACAAGCGUGCUCGUAGUGGUUGCGAUCAUGCAUGAUAAAUGCCAUUCCUACAGAAAAAUCAGCAUUACAAACUCCAUUUUCAACAUCGCUCUUGGAAAAAGUUGUAUAUGCAAUUUCUACUACUACAACUAAACUACGAUGCAUAAUAUAGUACGUUUGCAAUGUCGAUAGAGUAACGACUGGGAAAAAAGCGUGAGUGAUUUCGAAGCGAGGGCGCUUGGGGCGGUAUCAAAUGCAAAAAUGUCUGGGUCUGGAAGGUUGGAACUUGUCAUGCUAAAUCCGAACCAUGCAAAAAUCUGUGUUGCAUGAGUACCAAAAGUAAAGCCGUCCACUUUUGACCAGGGCGAAAGGGAGUUUCUCAUGCAGGGUAGGCAUGAUAGGGCUGUCACAGAAUCUGUCAUGCUAGGUCCUGCAUUCCAGACGACGCUGAUCAUGGAAAAUCUGCAUGACAAGUCUCGCAAUCUUUCAGACCCAGACAUUUUUUCACUUGAUAGGCGUCGGUAAAUUGCAACUUCCACUUUUGCCUGCAGGCGUUCGAAGAAUCGGCUAGAAGCGUCACCCAGUUCGAUUAUGAAGAAGAAUCGAUUUGUUUAUCCAAAAACCCCUGGUGCGAAUUUUCCCUCUUGCCGCAGCUGUUUGCGAUCGGCGUGUUCUACUCCACUGCGGAGGAGAGAAAGCAGGUGGCAGAAAAGUACCGAUCCAGAUUCGGGCCCGAGCAGCGGUUCGUGGCGGACGCGAAGAAAGAGAUCGUAUGCAAUGCAAAAGGAAAAGCAUCGUACUAGUAUUAAGCGCAUGUCAAAUUUCCUCAGCAUGAAUAAUGAAAUUUGUAUAUGCGGAUUCAAUUUGAGAAACAAACUUGUAAAAAAAUGUAAUGCAUAACUGCGAUAAAAAUUGCUACGAGUGCGAUAGUUGUACUUUUGCACAGGAUAGGUCAACGGUUUUGUCAUCACCGACGCCGGAAAGCAGUCCGGCAGAUUCACGAAGAACGAAUGUGACCUCGGCGCCUUUACGGAAGGAGGCGCCCUGUACAAUCGAAUUGCCGCAACUGGGGAAUAUCGCAAGAAAAAACUUUUUCACCGUGAACUUGUGAUGCAGAGAAUGGAGCGCAGAACGAUUUGUCUUGCUACACCUGCCUAGAGCAUUGGAGUUUUAAUAAGCGUGUUUCCACUAUGGGAAAUUAUGCGCGCAUGGCAAAUUCUCUGUGUCAUGUGUAACAAACUCGUGAUGCAGAUCUUGCAAGAUCUUCACAGUGAAACAGUUUUUUCGUGGGAUAGAGAAGACGGUACCGGUACUAAGUUGUACGAAAAUGCAGGAUAUAUUGUGGACAAGCGACGGAAACCCCUGCACGUCGCAUUUGGAAAGUAUGCAGUGCAAAAGUAUGACCGUACUAGUACAAAUUGCAUUACAACAAAUUGACUUAGCAUCAAAAAUUAUGAUUAAAGAAAAUGUGUAAUGCGGAUUCGCCUUAGCAAAAAGAUUUGUAAUGCAUAAACGCGGUUAGUACGAUGUUUUUGCACUGCAUAGAAGGCUGGAUGCGCUGAUCAAGCAGAUCGAAGUGGCGGACGAGAGGAACAAAGCUGGGAUGUGAAUUCUCGCAACAAACGAGAGAAAACUGAUCUUCUAGUAAAACUAGAUAACACUGAUCUUCUACCUUCUGCGGACGUCGGGGAGGCCUCAUCCUUUCCGGGAUGUUCUUAUAAUUUUUCAACUACCCUAAUAUUAUACAUUUUUACUUAUGCAAAAUCGGCCUGCGAUUGCGAAUUCA